AGAUCUGUGUGCCUUAGUAAUCAGUCAAAAUAUUAUCACGUGUUCAAUAAUUUGAACUUUCUCAAUGUUCAGAUGCCGCCACGUAGGGAACCCGAUCAUCCGGCUCCUACUCAGGCUACAAUAGUCGCCCAGUUUCGCGACUAUCAUGCCGAAAAGUUCUCAGGGCAGGGAGAUCCUCGCAUAGUAGACGAGUGGAUUCAGGGCCUGGAGUUUAUCUUCGAGUUAAUCCGCAAGAAGUACUACCCCACAUACUACCGAGCAGAGAUGGUGCGUCAGUUUCUAUCGCUCCAGCAGGGUACUCGUACUAUUGACGAGUACGAGAGGGAGUUCACUACACUUGCAGCUUUCGUUCCUGAUUUGGUCCGCACGGAGGCCCAGCGAGCACAGCGUUUCAUUGAUGGGCUUUACCCAGCAGUCCGUCAUAACAUCGUAGGCCACAAGACACAGACGUAUGCACGUGCAGUUUCCAUUGCUCAGGAGGUGGACGCCAGCAUUAGGAGGAAGGCCGUCCGUGAUCAGUUCCAGCCAUCCGCCCCUGCUCAGUCAUCUCCAGUUCCACCGAUGCCAGCUCUACCAUCUGCUCAGCCACCGAAGAAUAACAAGAGGAAGGGGAAAGGUGCCCCGGCAGAUAAGAGGACCCGACGGAGGCUACAACAGAUCCCUCAGUGCCCGACAUGCGGACGACUUCACCGAGGCGAGUGUCGCUUUGGUCAGGAUGUAUGCUACUACUGUCAUGAGCCCGGACACUUCGCGAACCGUUGUCCGAAGAAGGCGCAGCAGCCUCAGCAGCCACAGCAGCCUCAGCAACCACCGCAGCAGCAGCAGCCUCAGGCCGAACAGCAGCCAGGUACCAUGUCAGGGAUGGUUGUUCUUAAUAAUGUUCCUGUGUUUGCUUUGUUCGAUACUGGAGCGACACAUUCUUUCAUUUCACGACGAUGUCUUGAUGCCAUCGGAGUUCGCGCUACUACUGCUAUCGAUCCUCUCGAGGUGAGUUUAGCCUCGGGACGAAAGAUAGUGACUUCAGCUAAAGCAUCAGAUCUUAGCCUUUCCAUCGGUGGCCGAGUAUUGUCUACCGACGCGUUUGUUCUCGAGAUGAGGGACUUCGACCUUAUUCUCGGAAUGGAUUGGCUAUCCUUUUAUCAUGCGGAUAUCAGAUGCCAUGACCAGGAGAUUACUCUGUAUCUUCCAGGAGACGAGUCGAUUACUUUCUUCGGCUCCAGGAAUCGUUCAUUGCCUCAUAAAGCACGCUCACCUCACGAUGUUCCAGUUGUUCGUGAGUUUGUAGACGUGUUCCCAGAUGAGCUUCCAGGAGGACCGCCUAACCGGCAGGUGGAGUUCUCUAUCGAUCUCAUUCCAGGAGCCGGUCCAGUAUCCAAAGCCCCGUACCGUAUGGCGCCUAAGGAGUUGCAGGAGCUUAAGACUCAGAUUCAGGAGCUGUUACGACUCGGUUUCAUCCGACUGAGCGUGUCACCUUGGGGAGCACCCGUUCUCUUUUUUAAGAAGAAGGACGGAUCCAUGCGCAUGUGUAUCGACUAUCGGGAUCUUAACCGGUUGACGAUCAAGAACAAGUAUCCGCUUCCCAGGAUCGACGACUUAUUUGAUCAGUUGAGGGGAGCCUAUGUAUUCUCAAAGAUUGACUUACGAUCAGGCUACCACCAGCUGAGGAUUAAGGAGUCAGAUAUCGCUAAGACCUCUUUCAGGACUCGUUACGGCCAUUACGAGUUCGUCGUUAUGCCAUUCGGUCUCAGCAAUGCACCAACAGUUUUCAUGGACCUCAUGAAUCGUAUUUUUCAUCCCUACCUCGAUCAGUUCGUUAUUGUCUUUAUUGACGAUAUUCUUAUCUACUCGAAGAGCCAGAAGGAGCACGAGGAGCAUCUGAGGGUGGUUCUUGAAACCCUCAGACGAGAAAAGUUGUUUGCGAAAUUCUCCAAGUGCGAGUUCUGGCUCCAGCGAGUAUCCUUUCUGGGUCAUGUGAUUACUCAGGCAGGUAUCGAGGUGGACCCUUCCAAGGUUUCAGCUGUUCAGAACUGGUCGACACCGAGGAGUCUGUCCGAGGUUCGCAGUUUUCUCGGUCUAGCUGGUUAUUACCGCAGGUUUAUCGAGGGCUUUUCCAAGAUCGCCCUCCCAUUAUCCCAGCUGACGAGGAAGUCUGUGAGGUUCGAGUGGACUGACCGAUGUGAGUCGAGCUUUCAGGAGCUCAAGAAGAGAUUAACUUCAGCACCGGUGUUGACUAUUUCCGAUCCUUCUCGGAGUUUUACCAUCUUCAGCGAUGCUUUGAGACAGGGCUUGGGAUGCGUCCUUAUGCAGGAUGGCCAGGUCGUCGCGUAUGCUUCACGUCAGCUUAAGCCUCAUGAGCAGAACUAUCCGACGCACGACUUGGAGUUAGCCGCAGUCGUUCAUACUCUCAAGAUUUGGCGACACUAUCUUUACGGCGGUCAUUGCGAGAUUUUCACAGAUCAUAAGAGCUUGCAGUAUAUCUUUACUCAGAAGGAGCUCAACAUGAGACAGCGCCGUUGGUUAGAGCUCGUCAAGGAUUACGACUGCUCGAUUCAGUAUCAUCCGGGGAAGGCGAACGUCGUUGCUGAUGCCCUUAGCCGAAAG